UCCGCCUUGUAUUUUGUAGGCGGUGUGUACGUGUGGAGUCAGUGUUGCUGUGUAGUUCGUUUGCACUGUUUCUUUGGUGUUGUUGGAUGAGGAAGCAAUCAACUAAAUAAUUCAAAAUGCCGGCUUAUCAUUCGUCGUUGAGUGCCCCCACUAAAUUGGGCAACAUGGCACUUCUUCCAAUCAACACAAAGUUCAAAGGACCAAGCCCCCCUGGUGAUGGUGGGCCCGAUAUUAUUGACGAGGCACUGCAAUACUUCAAGGCCAACGUCUUCUUCCGAACCUAUGAAAUUAAGAGUGAAGCAGACCGCGUUCUCAUCUACAUCACACUUUACAUCACGGAGUGCCUCAAGAAACUGCAGAGGUGCACAUCUAAGGAAGCUGGCAAAAAGGACAUGCACAGUCUGGCUAUCGCAAACUUUGCCAUUCCAGGCGAGCCAAUGUUUCCACUGAACGCCAUGUACCAAAAAGCUACAAGCAAGGCCGAAGCAGAUUCCAUGCGGUCAUACCUGACCCAGAUCCGACAGGAGACUGGUAAACGUCUAGUUGAGAAGGCCUUUGACCCCGCCACCGACAAGCCCAGCAAGUGGUGGAUGUGCUUCGCCAAGAGGAAGUUUAUGGAGAAGAGUCUAUCUGCCCCUGGCCAAUAAAGGUCACGCAAAGGUUAAAGGUCAAAAGGAGGUAAAGAGAGGUCAUGCAGGUUGAGUGCAACCAUCAAAACAAUAAUAAUUUUAAUAAUUAGAAUAUUACACACAAUUUUAAUGAGGUAUUUUGCUUUGGGUUAAAUUAUAUUUUGUACGCGCAGCACAAAGACACUGUGGAUGACCAGAAGAUGGCGCUUGGAGACCACUUUCAAGAGCCACAAUAAUUUUCGUUGAAAAUAAUGUUUAAAAUAUUAAGUAAUAUGUAUUUUGGUCAAAAAUCACAUAUUUUUGGUCUGAAAAAAGAGUAGAGAUCUGUUGUAUCUGAGAGAGCGAUAUCAGUAUAGAAAGAAAUGCAUCUUUUAGACGUUUCAGCCACUUCUCAGACCAGAUUCUUGCAACCAGGUAGCCUAUAAGCACAGACUCCUUAUUAACUUGAUAAAUGCUACAUACUGAAUAUAUGGGCAGCAGUUUGUGAGUUCAACUACAAUUAUGGUCGAACAACAUUUAGAGGUACUUCAUACCACCAGGUUUAAGUACACCUAAAAUGUAGAACUGAUAAUCUAGACCACCUUCUCUUAACUGAAAACUUGGUUUUGAGACAAAUGGAGAUGUUGGGUUUAAAACAUGGGCACGUGUAGGGAGUGUGGCCUAGUGGUUGGGGUUCGUGACUCAUGAUCAGAGGGUCAGGGGUUCGAAUCUAGCUGCUGGUCAUGUGUUGUAUCCUUGGGCAAGCCACUUCACCCCCACUUGCGUCUCUCCACCCAGGAGUAUAAAUAGGUACCGGCAUUAGCUGGGGAGUAGCCUGCGAUCGACUAGCAUCCCAUGCAGGGGGAAUAGAAAUAUUCUGUCGUUUCAUGCUACUGAAACCGGAGAUAAACGCCGGCCUGAUGGGCCACGUUGGCUUGUGACAGACUUUACUUACUUACUACACAUGUAGUUGUUUUGCCGCCCUUUUUUUUAGGAUGAGAUAUGAAUUCAGUUUCUUUAACCUUAUUAUUUAAUGUCAGUUUCAUGCUUCCCAAGUACAAAAUGCAGUUGAUGAUGAGAAUUGUACAUAUUUACUCACUGGACACUUGUAUGAAGACAAACACUUUCAAUUUCCAUUAAAUUUUUUUUUUCGUUGCACAUGUUCCACAGGAUAAAUGUCAUAAAUAUUAUUUCUGGAUAUCAUAGCAGCAUGCAAGCCUAAUAAAGCUGAUUCCAGAACGGUCCCAGUCAUAAGUGCUGGUCCAGCAAUGAAAUAUAAAAACAAGAUGUAAUAUAACAUUUUACUGCAUUUCGUUGUCAUCAUUAAGCAUUGUUGGACUGAAGAAAAGUUUUGAAGAAAGGUUAGAACCAGCGCUAUUAAUAUCGAGAACAAUUGCACUUGUAAUUGCUUGGAAUUUGUAUCUUUUUACAAAUGUAAGAGUUAUUGACAAUUCGAUUUACCUAACACUUAUUUAAAACAAAAUUGUAGUAGGGAAAUACACACGGAUUAAGAUGAAUAAAACUGGUUAUUUACCCUAAACUGUUA